CCAGAUCGCAUCGAUCUGUCCUUUGAAUGACUACUGGAAGCUGCUACUAACCGAAUGUAGAAACGGUCUUUGACUCUGCGAAAAGCAAACCUCAUUAGUUGAAUUGCCAUUACUAACUGGGCAUGUGCCAAGAAGGAAUGAUGGAAAGUGACACCGAUGGUUGAAAUAGCUGAGCUAUGCAUGUUAAGCGGUUACCCACUCGCCCCAGUAGCCUACCAGUCCUUCAAAAUGCCUCCGAAAUUGACGAGGAGAGUGUGAUAACAAAAUUUCCGGGAAUAUAUAUAAAAACUCGAUCACUUACUCGCGUUGAUGACCAGUCUAAUUCGGCAGCUCCAACACGUCGGCAACCACAUCCAUUUGCUAUGCAGGCGCUAGGCAUGAGGCCUACUCUGACGGGAAGGACCACCAGGUUGCCUGAAUGGCCGCCACCUGACCCACCGCCUUUAACCCCUCUUAAUCUGGGAGUUGGUCGUAACAUUCUGACCCCACUAACCACUAACCCUAACCAGACAGUGUGGCCUCCAAGGCCAUGGUGGAGGCGGAUAAAUCCCGCUCGGCCAGCGGAGCCUGUUGUACACGUGACCAUAGGCACAAUAGAGGCGACAAAUUCUCUUUCGGUUCGAUUAGAAGAACGUCCGGCUCGUGUGACUUGGAGAAACACUAGUGAGGAGGUUGAUGUGGAACAAGGAGUGGAACUCGAGGAGGAUGAAGAGGCUUUGGAACCACAGCACGCUUUUUGGAGCGAAGUGGAAGAAAACACUUUCGAGAAUCGAAGCCAUUCAGUUGUGACUACGACCACCCGAGCGAUUGAGCCAACAAAUUCUACGAUAAAUCAACCGUCACGAAUAAACAGUCGCACGUCCCUUAUUUUCACACACACAGACCCUUCAUCGUUCUCACGGAAUCUGCAGUCUCCAUAUGGAGAGGAUGAUGGGGUUGAGGUUUCCAAUGCUGCAAUUCAAUUGGACGAAGAAAUAGCUCCGUUUAGGUCAGAUGAACAGCAGGAAGAAAGCAGCUUUCAGGAUUACUUUUUUGCUGUUGAUUCAAAUCCUGCGAUGCAUAUGGGAUUCACUUUCACUGAACCCGUCAGUUUCCGUGUGAGUCUUCAGCAAAGUUCUCGUGUUCAAGGCGAAGGUGUUAUCAACCUGGAAUCACAGUCUAACCUUGAAGAUUCCUUAUCCACAGAGCAUUGAUUUCGUUUUGUUUCACUCUAAUGCAUGCCUUAGCUAAUAACCGGAUUAACUUGCCGUAUCCCAGACGUUCAUUCAUUCAGUUAUUAUGUGCUUUUAUUUAUGGCAUAUUUCGUCGUAUGUGACAGGUUUGAGAUUUUAAGUUGCUUUGACACAAAAAUCGUAUUGAGUUUUGGUUGUAAACA